AUGCAGCAAAGGUGGAAGGAGGACCUGGAGAACUAUCCCUAUGGAACUCACACCAUAGAGGCACUACUCCCGUCCUUCAUGGAGUGGAUAGGGAGAUCUCAUGGGACCGUAACAUUUAGGUUAGCACAGGUGAUGACCGGACACGGAUGCUUCGGUCAUUACCUGUGCAGAAUAAAGAGGGAGGCUAACCCGGCUUGCCAUGAGUGUGGCGCGCCGGAUGACACGGCCCAACAUACGCUUGAAGAAUGCAGUCGUUGGGCCGUAGAGCGUCGCACCAUGACUGCGGCUCUUGAAGUGGGAAACCUUUCGCUGCGCAACGUCGUAGCGGCUAUGUUGGGCAGCGAAAGGAAAUGGAAGGCAGUUGCCUCCUUCUGUGAGAUAGUCAUUUCACAGAAGGAAGCCGCGGAAAGGGAGCGUGAGAGCAGGGCUGACGCGCACCCGAACCGACGCACACGGCGGGGAAGAAGACGGGCACAAUUUGCCGCCCUCCUAAACCCCUAG